AUGCACGCCAAGUCCAUCCUUGCCGCUCUUGCGGUCCCGGCCCUCGUCUAUGGCGCGGCUAUUCCCCAGGAACAGGAACUGCCCGAAUUCAACUGGGAUGAGAGCUCUACAGACACUUCAGACAUUGUUGGUGGCGUAGCCGCUUCCCAGGGCGAUUUCCUUCCAAUGGUCAGCGUUCAACUUGCUGGAUUGGGGCACCUGUGUGGUGGUACUCUUCUCAACGCCAACACGGUCGUCAGUGCGGCUCACUGCUUCUAUGAUCGUAUGACCGCUUCAUUCAGCAUUCGUGCUGGAUCUCUUAACCGUGGCUCUGGUGGAACUGUCUCCACUGUCACUUCAAUUCGCCUUCACCCCAGCUACAAUGACAACACUUCGGACAACGAUAUCGCAAUUCUGAAGCUCUCGACUCCUGUUGCAACGAGCUCCACUAUUGGAUACGCAACCCUCGCAGCCUCAGGCUCUGACCCUGCCGCUGGCUCCACUGCGACAGUGCUCGGCUGGGGUGACACAACCGAUGGUGGCAGCAGCUCUACCACUCUCCGUAAGGUUUCGGUACCAAUCGUCUCCCGCGCCACUUGCCGCAACAACUACUCAGUUUCUGCUAUUACUGACCGCAUGUUCUGCGCUGGUGUCCCCGAAGGUGGCAAGGACUCUUGCCAGGGUGACAGCGGAGGUCCCAUCAUCAGCUCCAGCAAGCAACUUAUUGGCAUUGUAUCUUGGGGUAACGGCUGUGCUCUGCCUGGUCAGCCUGGUGUGUACGCCAGGGUUGGUGCGCUCACCUCUUUUGUUACUAGCAACUUGUAA